GGUAAAUGACAAGAUGGACAUUGGAAACUACACAUUUUUAACAUUAAAACGAUGAUUAUGCUUCAACCAAAGUUCAAAAUGAAAUAAAACGAUAAUAUAAUAUUAUAUCAAUAAUCAAUUUACAUGAAAAGUAAUAAAUAAAUACACUUUGGAACUGACAUAUCGGCGAAAUCGGUCAAUUUUACAAUUUUUUAAAUUUCAAUUUUUUUACUUCAAAUAUUCUGUAAUGAACACCUUGACUUGGACAUCUACAACAGCUAUACUAUCACCAUGACUGCGGAAAAUAACCAAGAGGGUGAGAGGCCUACAAGCAACUCCGAGAGACCACAUUUUGCUCAUGGUGUAAGACGAGCAAAGACUGUCUAUGGUGCAUUCAGGCCUCCAUCAACCAAGGUUCAUCCUGGGAUACCUGUCUCAGAGGAUAACUCAUCGAUUGAAACCAACUGGAUAACCAGCCAUAUCAACAAACGAGUCUGUAAGAAAUUUGUAGAGAAGCAAGAAUCUGAUAAAAAUGGAAAAGUCAUCCAAAAAGAGGACCCUCUAUGUAUAUGUAAUCUCAAGCGGUCCGAACACACAGAAGAGGCUCUUAGUCCAGAUGCAGAACCCAGAAAUAAAAACUGGUCCCCUAGCACACACACAACUACCAAACCUACAGAUGCUUUUGGGGAGGUGGAAUUCUUAGGAUUUGGUCAGAAGAUCAGUAAAUAUGUGCGUGUUGAUGCUGAGACUGAGAUGAAGACAAUGAUUGAGCUGUUAAUGGGACAGUGGCAGUUGGAGAAGCCAAAUCUUUUGAUUUCUGUAACUGGAGGAGCUAAGAACUUCCACAUGAAGCCUCGAUUGAAGGAGGUAUUCAGAAGGGGUCUGAUGAAAGCAGCUCAGAGCACUGGUGCCUGGAUUAUUACUGGGGGAAUGCAUGCAGGUGUAAUGAAGCAUGUAGGGGAGGCUGUGAGGGAUUACUCCUUUGCAGCUACCAGCAAGAACAAAGUCACUUGCAUAGGAAUCUCCCCCUGGGGUUGUGUAGCCAAUGUGGAAAGUGUCAUAAAUAAAAAUGGUUGCUGGCCAGCCCCAUAUAAACUUGAGGCAAAACCAAGGAGAAAAGAGAGUCCUAUAGAUCUGAAUCAUUCACAUUUUAUACUUGUGGAUAAUGGAACUAAACACACAUUUGCCACUGAGAUCAAAUUCAGGACUGCCCUUGAAAGUGCAAUAUCUGUCAUGAAGACUAAUACGGGAGAUGAUGCAGUGUCUAUACCUAUUGUAUGUGUGGUACUGGAGGGAGGACCUGGGACACUGGAGACAGUGAAAUCAGCCAUGCAGAACAACACCCCAGCUGUUAUAGUGGAGGGCUCAGGCAGAGCAGCUGAUAUACUUGCUUAUGCAUACUCAAAAACUAAAGAAGAAGAGAUAGAGGUUGUUGAUCAGCUGGGACGGAAAGUGAAAAAGACAAUCACCCUAAUAGACCCAUCAUUAGAGGUUGAGCUCACCAAAAAGCUUGAGACAGAAUUUGGGGAAAAGAAUCUCUCUCGUCAUAUAGGAUGGCUUAAAGAAUGCAUCAAAAUGAGAGAACUGAUGACUGUGUUCCAACUUGAUAGCAAAGCGCAAGCCAACAGUGAUAUUGACUAUGCUAUUCUACAUGCUUUGCUCAAAGCCAAUCAGAGUAAUGAGGGAGACCAGUUGAAGCUUGCUCUGGCCUGGAACAGAAUAGAUGUCGCCAAAAGUGAUAUAUUCCAUGAUGAUAAAAAAUGGGAGCACAAAGAUUUAACAGAUGUAAUGUUCACAGCCCUGCUACAGAAUAGGACCAAUUUUGUACAACUCUUCAUAGAGAAUGGUCUUAAUAUUAAAGAAUUUGUCUCAAUAAAGACCUUAUUGAAAUUGUAUAACAGUAUUCCUCCAAAUAGUGUAGUAUGGAGCAGAUUAGAGAAGGAAAGGACAAGUGAUAAAACACUGAAAGAUAACGAGAAAAAAUACUUCAAUCUCUCACACGUUGGAGAAGCGAUCCAAGAGUUAAUGGGAGACUUCUAUUAUCCUCUCUAUCUGAGGGAACCCAUGUAUUCCACUGUCAAUGCAGCUGAUUAUCUGGAGGAGAAAUAUUCCCAAGAAGGUAGAGGAGUUGACAAUGCCAUGAUGGUUCAAAGUUAUGGUGGAGCCCCUCCUGGUGACUUGCAAAAAUCCAGGUAUGCAUUUGAGGAGCCUGCAAGAGAGCUGUUCAUUUGGUGUGUUUUGAUGGCUCGAGAUGACUUAGCCAUGACAUUCUGGGAAGAGGGCAAGGAUACUAUUGCAGCUGCAUUAACAGCCUCUAUGCUAUUGAAGGAACUCAGUUCUAAAUGUACUGAGGACUUUGAACUGCAAGCAGAAAUGAUGCAACAAUCUACAAAAUGGGGAGAGAGAGCUUUAGGUGUUCUGAAUGCAUGUUUCGCAGCUGAUGAAGAGAGAGCGGGGAAGCUGCUUGUACGUGAGCUGGAACUAUUUGGUAACACCACUGUGAUUGCUCUAGCUGUAAAUGCAAAAGACCAAACAUUUAUCUCACACUCCUGUUGCCAAAGUAUGCUCAAUGAUAUUUGGAUGGGAAAGAUGAGUGUGGACAAUCAUUGGUGGAGGUUGAUGGUCAGCAUAAUUUGCCCUCCUCUUCUGUGGUUGCUGAUUCGCUUCAAGGAGCCACCAUCCAGUGUCGAAUCUCAAGGUGCACCCAGAAUAGAAAAUACUCAUAGACAUGAAAAUGGCACCACACCACCAAGUGCUGUCAAUAGUGCCACAAGUCGGAAACCAGAACAAGUUGAACUGACAAGAGUGCAAAGUGCUGGGCAGGGCACCUCAUCAAGCAGAGAGAGGCUUGUUCCCAGCAGGCAACAGUCCACCGUAAGCCAAUCAGCAGUGGAGGAUCUCCACAAACCUUUGCCAAAGAAACCAACUGUCUCAGCAUUCAGCAAGUUCACCUACUUCUACAAUGCUCCCAAGGUCACAUUUAUACAUAAUUGUCUUGCAUAUAUUGUGUUCCUUCUGCUGUUCAGCUAUCUUAUGUUGGUCAGCUUCUCUCCUGAUUUCAACAUCAUAGAGAUCAUCAUCAUUGUGUGGGUGUUCACCAUCUUCAUAGAGGAAAUAAGACAGCUAUUGGCCGACACAUCCAGUAACUUCCGCCUCAAAUUCAUCAGUUACAUCGGUGAUCAGUGGAAUAUCAUGGACAUUGGGACAUUGUUUCUCUUCCUCUCUGGGAUGAUUCUACGGUCACUACCAUAUGAAAUAACAUUUGAGGUUUCUAGAAUUGUGCUUGCCAUAGAUCUCAUGGCAUUUUAUUUCCGAUUGAUCCACAUAUUCUCUGUUAGUAGACAGCUUGGACCAAAGCUUGUCAUGAUUCGUAGAAUGAUGAUUGAUCUAGGGUUCUUCGUUAUCAUCCUCAUAGUCUUUAUCAUGGGCUUUGGAGUGUGCUGUCAGGUGAUUCUUUACCCCAACUCUACACUGGACUGGAACUUAAUAGUUGGUAUUAUGAAAAAACCCUACUGGCAGAUGUAUGGAGAACUCUUUUUAGAGGAGAUAGAAGGCCAAGAGGAUUGUACUACAGAUUUUGCAUUGUAUAGCAAUGGAACCUUACCUCGCUGCCCCACAUAUUUAGGAACACAAUUGAUGCCCAUGCUGCUGGCACUGUACAUGUUGUUCACAAACGUCCUCAUGCUUAACCUCCUCAUUGCCAUGUUCAGUUAUACUUUCGACAAAAUUCAUGAGUCUAAUGACGCAGUGUGGAAGUUCCAGCGCUACAGCUUAGUGAAGGAGUAUUUUGAUAGGCCACCACUAGCUCCACCUUUAAUCAUAUUUGCCCAUCUGUUCCUAUUAAUAAGGAUGUGUAUUAGGACCUCUUGUGGGAAAUGUUUGUCCAAUGAUGGUGGAUUUAGAUACUCCCUGUCUGAGAAUGAACACAAGCAGUUACUCCUUUGGGAGAAUAUGAACUGUGAUGAGUACAUACGAGAAGCAGAUGCUGAGGAUAAAGACAGCAUGGAAAAUAUUGUGAAAGAUGCAAAUAAAGGUGUCCUUGCUUUGAAUGCAAGGUUUGAUGGUAUGACUGACAGUGAUACAUCAGGCCUUGUUGUCUCCCUGCCUCCACAUGUAGAGGAGAGACUUCAAUACCUUGAAGACCACAUGCGGAGAACAAACUUGGCACUAGACUGGAUUGUAGACGCAUUGCACAAGAACAAGAUGGGAGGCGCAAAACCAGACUUGCCUGAUCUUGAGAAAAAGAGAGAAGAAGAGAAAAAACGUCUUGAAGAGGUAGCAACAAAAGAAAAGGAGAAGGUCCAGACAAUGAUGGCCAAGCAGCAUGAGUUACACUACAAUUCACGCGAGUCCCCCUACCCUCAUUCUAAUGUCGUCAGAUUUAAUGUCACAGAUGACCAAGUCCCCUGGGAGGUUGAGUUACCAGGUUAUGCUCCAGAGAAGUAUACUGCUCCCAUUGUUUUGGAACAUCCCAAUUGGGCAGAUAUAGACCUCAUGUCCAUUGCCAUAGCUGAUAGAGCACAGAUUCAAUUCAACAAGACAGUUAAAAACGUUGUCAGAACCAGCUUCAUAUGCAAGUACAAAGUGAUAGAUGGGCUGCCACAAAACCCCAAAGGAAGAACAGGUCUGAUUGGUAGAGGUCUCUUAGGUCGCUGGGGUCCUAACUUUGCUGGGGACCCUAUUGUCACAAGGUGGAAGAGGGAUGCUCAGGACAGGAUUGUUGAAAUAAAUGGACGCCCAGUGCUUGAGUUUGUUGCUAUUAUGAGAGCAGAUAAUGGACAAUGGGCACUACCAGGGGCACUCCUAGAGCCUGGCCAGGCUGUCCACAGUUGCAUCAAAGCCAGUCUCACACAUGAUGCCAGGGCAAGAUUCACUCAAUCAGAGCAACAAAUGGAGAUACAUGAUAAACUAGAUACCAUGCUAGCUGAGGGAGUAGAGAUAUACAAAGGCUACGCAGAUGACCCUCGUAAUACAGACAAUGCCUGGAUGGAAACUCAGGCCUACAACUACCAUGACAAAGAAGGAAGCAUACUCUCCAACUUCUGCAUUAUGAUUGGGAAAAAAGCUAUACUUGGGGAUACAGAUGAUGAUGGUGACCUGGACAUUGUUAGAGCUGGUAAUGAUGCAACAGCAGCUACUUGGACUGAUGUCAGUGCCAAUCAACCAUUCUACGCUUCCCACUCUCAUAUUCUCAGGAAAGUGGCAGAGUUACACAAUGCCUUCUGGAUCUAGAGGAAUACAUAAACAUACUUAUAUUCUCAAAGAAUCUUUUCUUUUCUUUGUAUACCAUGGAAUUUAACUUUCAAAAAGUGAAGCAGGCUGUUGUAUAAACUAUUACCUAGAUGCCAGUAGGUAGUUACCAGUUACACCGCCAGGUGGUUAUCUCGGGUUGAGAUUAUUUCUACGCAUAGCUAGUCUGUUGUACCUGUACAGUUCUUGGUACAUGUAAUAAGAUUAUAUAUUUGUAUGCUACAAUAAGGAAGUACAAAAUGACAUUUUGUAUUGUGUGAGCCUGAUCUGAAAUAUUUAAAAUAAGAGAUCUAUUGAGAACAAUUAUUGAUUGUAUAUACCUCGAGACUUUGUAUACUAAAUUCACAUUGUGCUCAGUGUUUCCAGUGUCAUAAUAAAGUAAAGUAAGAAUUCCAAGGCUGAAACUUUACCAGAAUCCAAUAUUUACACAGGUGUUUUAGUCAGUGUUAUUUAUAUAUUAUAUAGUUAUUUUAUGAAUGUGUACAGUAAUAGAACAUUCCAUCCGCUUUUUACGAUGAAGCAACAUUCCGCUGUUAUUUUCUUCCGUCCUACUAUAUUCUUGAACUGUGUAACAUUUAAUGAACAUAUCUUACAUGUCUUAAAGGGUUAACAAAGAUGAGAGAUGAAUUGAAAGUAAGUUUCUAAUAAGAUUGUCAUACAUUGCUUCCAGUGUUUUAUACUCUCUGGUCUUUGUUGCUACUUUACUGUAAAUGCUUUUAGC